GCAGCCGCCCGCUCCCAGUUUUCCCGAUAUGAAGUCACCCUCCGCCAGAACGAGAACAACCAGAUCCGUCCGUAAACACACCCACGGCUCUGCCGGAGCGGAAGCAUCGGCGACACUCCUCUUGGCACCACGGCCACCGGGAUGCUUCCAAUUCGGGGGUACGGCACGCGCCUACCCUUAGCGGGGUGAGUUGCAGUAAGUCCUACAUCCACCCCACGGGUGUUGCAGCAGCCGCCCAGCCCUGCCACUGGGACGUGGAUCCAGUGAUCCGUGCUACGUUCGGGAUGCGAUCCACAGAUGGUGGGGACGAUGGGUCCGGUGCUUGCUGUCCCUUGGGGAGCUCGCAGCCCCUUGCAGCUGCAAAGUAACACUACAGGUAUCACGUGGCAAUUAGCAUCACUUACUGGGGCAUUUUCCACACGGCAUGAAACACAUUUUAAAAUCCUGCUCAUGGAGGGAGAUGAAUACAGAAGUAUUUGGCCCCCAUAGAAGUAUGAGCAGAGUGCUUUGCUGGGAGCUACAGAGCAAGGGUGUGAGGGCCAGGAUGUGCCUAAAAACCCUUUCUUAGUGCUAAUGCUGCACGCCGGCCCUGUCCCACUGCCACCACCCCUACUGCUCCUGAGCCAGCGGUGCCGAUGGCAGGCACACAGCAGGACUUUAUAGCAAUAACAGUGUUUUCUGGGAAUUCCUGCAGCUCAACCACGGAAGUGCUGAGCUAUCAACAACGGCAGCACCCCAGUUCUUCCUGAGCAAGAACCAGCUGACUUUUAUUUAUGUGCGCAAAGGGAAUGCAGAAGGGAAGAAUAAACGGGGCAAAAGGCAAACGGCUCUUGUGGCAUCACAGCGUUUCUGCAGACCAGCAGAACUGGUGGUAUCAGAUUAGUCUUUCUAUGCAAGAAACCUCACUGAAACAAAACUCAAAAGUAGACCACGUACUGAAAAUGAGGCCUCUUAAAUAAUUAAAACCACAGGCUGCGCUUCUCAAAGGCUUCCCACAUCAUCCUCAUGUCUCCUUGCAUUUUGUACCACAAAUCUUUGCUUUAAGAAGCCAGAUAAUGUAUCUACAAACCAAAACAAAGCCUUCACGUGCUUCGUAUUCAUUGCAACCUGCGCGCCAUGCCAGGUCCGUGAAAGCGAUGAAUGAAGCUUUCAGUCACAGGAUGAAAUGAGAACUGCCUACACAGGGCCAGCUCACACUGCAGCACCUUUCCAGAACAGAGACCACAGCAGUGAACCUGGCUGCAAGCCUCCUGCCAGCCCCUUCUGGACACAGCUUUCUGCAAGCCACACACAGAACCACAUAUGAGACGAAACCAUUUGUUUGGCUUGACGUCGUGACAAAUGCUCGAUCGUCUUCACCAGAGUUUCUGGAUUUGCAUUAGCUAAGUGUGCUAAAGUUUUGUACCCUGCAUUAUAAAGCUGUUUAGCUCGUGCCUGUAAGCCAAAAAUUGUGUUAGGUUAUUAUAAGAGGCAGUAAGAAUCCUCAGUCCGAAUCUCUGCACCCACCUCAAACAUUUAUAUAUAUUUUUUUAAUAUUGAUCCAGGUUCCCUUUGAUCCACCUUACCAAGAACAGCACAUCUCGUAAGAACUGGCGCUAGCAACCCAGAAGUACUGACUUAAACCUGAAAAACCUUACACAGUUCUAAGUAAACCAGGCAUCACUACUUCCUCUGCACCUGCACAGUACUGUAUCUGCCAGCCUCAUUCUUUUUCUGUCAUGUUUUCUGCAUUUGCUGUCACUGACACAAAUCACUGCCUGACCUUCUUUAGAAGAUCUAAAUGAAAUGAGAGCUCGCUGUGCCUGAGAAGCGUUGCCCCUAUUUCUCCUGCAACUUUUAAUACCACCUCAUGAGCUUCCACAGAACUCCAGAUAAGACUGCACUUUCCUGCUCAAAGCUUAUUACUAUUUUUUUUUGCUUUAGCCAACUGUAUCUUUCCUUCUAGUUUUAUACCAAGUCAUGGCUGUUAGCUCACAAGGACAGGAGAGAUUCUCUGGAAUUUGACAGCUAAAAUCAGCAUGGGAGUAGACGUGACCUGCUUCUCUUUACUAGGCUUGGUCCUGUUGUGGUAUAAGGAUGCAACGCAGCCAAACAGUAUUUACUAUAUACAGAGUCUUUUGGGAGUAACGUCUUUUGCAAAAGUUACAGUGAUAGAACUUGUAUACAAAGUUUAAGUCAAAAUGCAUUUCUAGGCUAGUUUUAAGAGCAUUUGGUAAUGCCAAGGCUCUAAUUGCCUGAGUAAUCAUUCCUACCAGAUGGAAAAGUGGUACAGUGCCAUCAUAUAUUUGGUCAAUCACAUUUUUUCUCCUAUUGUUAAGACAGCAAGGAAUAGAAAAUUUUAUUUGACAGCAUAGAUAUUUUUAAGCAUCCAGCAGAAAAACUUACAGACAAUACGUGAGUAUUUAGUGAUGUGAAGUGUCAUAGGUUUGAUGUGAAGUGUCAUAGGUUUCACAAAAAAUAUCCAAUAAAUGCCAGCAAACUUUUUCCGUACUGUUUUACAGCUGUAUGCACAGCAUGACUGAUAACUCAGAACCUGCCCUUACUAAUAACCAAUGGGAAGAUUAUGGUUUGCCCUCUGGCAACUCAAAAUCCUAAGGACAUUUUCUCAUUCAUUACAGUAACCCAAAUACUGAUUCUAUCAGUUUCCUACACACAAAGCUAUGUAAAUCAUGCCUGUUCAAGAUGACAGUAUUUGCUAAAAGUACCAGCUGUCAGUAUGGUUUUAAUUAUGGGUUAAAGGCACCUUGAUGAGAGCAGUACAUUUCAAGAGCAAUCUGUACAAUGCAACUUCAGCGGAUCAUGCUGUUCAGACUCCUCUUGCCCUUACAGACUUGAAGCCAUGAAAUGAAGACCCUUCUUCUCCCUUUAUACCAAAUUCAGGCAAUUUCAUACAAAAAGCAUCCAGCCGUAAGUCUCCACAGAUUUAAUUUUUCAGCAUAAAAACUCACUGCCACCAAAUCUGCUGACAAGCUGAUUUCUACAGUACGCUGGAAUAGAAAAGACAGGUCCUUUUCAAAGGAGGUCCAGUAAUGACUCACAAUCCUGCACUCAGUUCCCGCAAUAUCUUCCUAGUUGAAUAGGAGCCCUCAGAUCAGAAACUAGUCACAUUUCUCAUCUGAAAUACAUGCACCAGCAUUAGUGAUACUAGGAACUUAUGUUCCCUAUGUAACUUCCCAUAUUUCUAUAAUAAUUUUCUAACUUAACCUCAAAAUAAACUUGGCCUGGGCUGUGUACAGUUGAGCACAAAGCUCUCAAUUAGUAUGCAAAUGCAGUGUUUUCACUCUUGCAGCAGCAGCAACCAAAAGGAGAACAGGACUGGCUCCAGCUCACAUUUCCCUAGCAGUCCCUGACAUCCCACACUGCUGUGAGGUAUCUCUAUGAUGCCAAAUUUGGAAUAAAAAACCAGCCUGGUCUUCCAGAGAUACUUCAGUGAUAAUAACAUUUAGCACAAAAGUUUGCCUUUGUCCAAGAUAGGUUUACUUACCUCUAGAACCCCUGCUACCUCCAUCAGAGGAAUGAGCUCUGUCUUAACACAGUAUGUCAAGCGCUUGGUAAGUUCUGUCAGCAGGGCUUUAUAAACCCAGAAUUCCUCCAGUUCCUGCAGAGACAAGGACAAUUAAAAGUCAAAGUAAAAGAUAGUUAAAAAGACAGUAAAGAAAGACAGUGGGAAAACUCUUCUUGUUUGUUGUUCUUCCAGCUUCUUGCAGAGUCGCAUUUGGUGCUCAGCUAAAUCUGGGAUAGUUCUAAAGGAUGAAGAAUGCAUUAUUUCAAUGGAGAAAGAAACAAAGAACCAACCAAGACAACUCUUUUCUCACAGUGACAUUCUACAACCAGAAGGCCUCAUCUCACAAAGGCAAGCUCAUAAUUUUCCAUCAACUGCACUUUAUGACACUGAUCAAUGACGUCUAGAACCUUUGGGAACGAGAAGAAAGCUCACGCGUUUUCUCCAAAUACAAAAGCUGCGAUGAAGGCAAUUCAUCGAAAACAGAAUCACUGAGGUCUUCAUCGGCAUCUCCAGCAUCAUUUUCAUUCAUUUGGAAGCCAUAAUGUUCAUCCACUUUACGUACACUACUAUCUCCUGCGGCAUGCAAAUUGCCUUGCUUGCUUUGGUCCAUUUCCGACUGAAGAUUCCCAUGUGCAAACCUUCCAGCUGCUUUCACGUCCAGGCCUUUUUCCUGGGAGUGCUGGGGCUCUGCAUCAAGAACUUGAGCCAAUAAGGAAUCACUUUCAUGAAAGCUAUCAUAGUCACCAAACAUAUCCUCUUCGCUGUCAUUGUUACACUGUGAAAACAGAACAAUAAGAGAAUUAGCACUGCGAGGUAACAAGCCAGAAAAACCUCGGCAUCUGAAGCAUAAAGCGUAAUUCCCGUAACUUCUGCAAUUUAUCAAGCAAUUAAUCUGUUUUUCCACUUUGCCAGAGAAAAACAGUUCAACUUUUAAUUGAACGUAUGCUUGCAAAUGAGUGAAAUGCAACACAGCGUCAACGAGAUCUUUCUGAGGUUUCUAAGGCCGAACACGCCCCCUGCUCAGAUGCUCCCCACCACCACAGCCUCACUCCGGUUCCCCCGCCCCAGCGACCACCCUCCGUACCAGGGGCUCGGCCGGGGUUCCCUCACCCCCACCACUGGGUCUCUUGCGAGCCAGCGGCGAGGAGGUGGCCCCAGGCUGCGCAGGGGGGUGGCUCCGUUUGCGAGCGGAGCUGAUGCGGCUCCUCCUCCGCACGGCGAGAGCGGGCUCAGCCAUGAGGAAGGAGCCGGGAGACGUCAGAGCGGUACCGGGGCUGCACACAUGACAGCUGACAAAGCCACGAGGAACCCAGCCCCAACGGCAGCUUCCGGCACAAGACCCAAACAAAUCAUACCACGUGAAAGGCGCGCAGCCAAUCGCCUGCCUCUACUGGUGCAGGCCGCAGCCCCAUUGGCCAGCAGUUCGUAUUUCCGCUUGGCUGAUGGGCGCGAGAGAAAGCUGCGCGCAGAGGGUGUUGGGAGAGGCCGACAUGGCGGCGCUGGCUGUAGCGGGCGGCAGGAGGUGCUGCAGAUGGGUGCCGGCUUUGAUGUGGGAGAGGCCUUGUCGUCUUCAGCACCAGCAAGCAGCGGCCGAGUCUGACUUGCCUAUAGAAAUGGAGAAUCCAUAUGAAGAGCCUCCUAAAAGAUGUAUAUUGUGUGGAAUAAAUGUGGACUACAAGAAUGUGCAGCUUCUGUCCCAGUUUGUUUCUCCAUACACUGGCCGCAUUUAUGGCAGGCAUAUAACAGGCUUGUGUAAUAAGAAGCAGAAAGAAAUUUCAAAAGCCAUUAAAAGAGCUCAUAUACUUGGAUUUAUGCCAGUUAUGUUUAAGAACCCAUCAUUUCUUACAGACCCCAAGAUUUGUAAUGUUAAGUAUUGAGAAUAACAUACUGUAAAGAAAUAAAAAUAAAACAGCAUCAUGCUGAAUAGUUCUCUA